AUGUCGUUGGUCUCGCCGCCGCCGCCGCCGCCGCCGCCGCCUCCCGCCGCCGCCGCCGCCGACCCACCUCUCAGCGUCGACAUCGUGAUCAUUGGCGCGGGCCUGUCCGGUCUCACCGCCGCCGCCUACCUCAAGAAGGAGGGCAUCGAGUCGUUCCUCGUCGUGGACGAAGGCGCUGUCGGCGGCACGUGGCGCGAUCACGCCUUCCCAAACGCCGGGACCGACACCGAGGUGCCGACCUACUACCCAUCCUUCCUGCCGACGCCCGAGACGUCCUCGCAGUAUGGGAAGCGCGACGAAAUCAUGUCGUACUUCAAGCGCGUCGCAAAGGAGCAGAUCGGCGAGCACAAGUUCCUGUGGGGCGUCAGCGUCGCGUCAGCAAAGUUUGAUGGCAGCUGGUGGGCGCUGUCGGACGCUUCCGGCACCACCACCCUGCGGUGCCGCUUCCUGAUGCCGGCCAUCUACUCCAUCUCCUGCAAGUGGCCGCACCUCCCCGCCAUCCCAAAUCGCGACCUCUUUGCCGGAGACGUCGAGCGCUUCCGCGGCCAGCACGUCGCCAUCAUCGGAUGCGGCGCAUCGACGAUCCAGAUCGCCCCCGCCAUCGCGCCCGUCGCCGCCUCGGUCACCGUCCUGCGCCGCACAAUGCCGUACAUCAUCGAGCAGGCCAGCGCGCCGAUGCCAAAGGGCCGCCUCGCCUGGGCCUUCUGGAGGCUCGCCUACGAGCUGCGCAACGACCUGUACACGAUGUUCGACGGCGCGCGCGCCUCGAGUGGCCGCCUCGCGGGAGGGCGCGGCUCUCGCCGGCUGGAGUGGCUGCUGCGCCAGUGGGUCCGGCUCUGCUUCUUCCGCAAGAGAGAGGCGCACACGCUGCCGCCCGCGAGCCAGCCGGUCCAGUGCACGCGCCGCUGCUACGACUACUGCGGCUUCAUCGAGGGCAUCCGGCGCGGCACCAUUUCGCUCGUCGACGCGAGCGUCAACGCCGUUUCCUCUUUCUCUGCGUCGGGCCUGGUGCUGCGCGACGGCAGCGAGGUGCGCGCCGACUCGGUCAUCUUCGCGACGGGCUACAAGACGAUCGGCGGCGACGACACGACGGACCUGCACUACGAGGCGCGCCGUCUCGGCCCCACCUCGGCCCCACCUCGGCUCUAUCUGUCUCUGCUAUCUCCCGCACUGCACGGCUGCCCAAUCUACUGCACGCCCCCGCGCCGCACCGAGGACAGCGCUUGCCGCAUUCUCCCGCAGCGCGCGACUCCACAGCGUGAUGGGCGAACUGUGCCCGUCUUCCGGAAGGCAAACUCGAUCCUCUUCUCGCCGGCUUGCGCCUCGAAGCGCUACGCCGGCCGCACGCCAAACAGCGCCAAGCCAACUUUCACGGGCGAGUUGCGCGCGGGCGUGGCGCAUCGCGACUUCAACGAAGCGCAAGGCAUCCCCGUCCCCAGGCUGCUCUUCAACCUCUACAUGAUGGCGCAGCGGCCGCUGCACUGCCCGGCGCCAACCCACGGCGCCGAGGGGGCGCCAACGCCGCCGAUCUCCGCUUCUCGCCCGGGCUUUGCCGCCGCCGUGUCGCUGCUCGGAUGGUUGCACGGCACGCGCUGA